CCGGCCCGGCCCGCCUGAGAGCGGCCGACCCGAUGCCCCUGGAGGGCGGCGGCGGCGGCCUGCCGGGCCUUCUCAUGUCGUGCCUCAAGGGGCAGCAGGUCCUCUUCAAGAUGGAGGCCAUGAAGAUCGUCCACCCGGAGAAGUGCCCGGAACUGCAAGGGGGCCCGGCCCGCCCGGCCCCGGCCCCGCGCUUCGCCCCGGCCCCGCGCCCGGCCCCGGCCCUGGCGCCCAAGCGGGCCUGGCCCUCCGAGACGGAGAUCAUCGUCAACCAGGCCUGCGGCGGGGACGGGCCGGCCCCCCUGGCCGGAGGGCCCCGCACGCCCCCGCCGCCCCGCCGGCCCCGCCGGGGCAGCGCCGAGCCGGGCUUCCCCCGGGCCCCGCCGGCCGACGAGGUCAUCGUCAACCAGUACGUCCUGCGGCCGGGGCCGCCCGGGGAGCCGCUGGAGUGCCCCACCUGCGGCCACACGUACAACCUGACCCACCGGCGGCCCCGCGUCCUGUCCUGCCUGCAUUCGGUCUGCGAGCAGUGCCUACAGAUCCUCUACGAGUCCUGCCCCAAGUACAAGUUCAUCUCCUGCCCCACCUGCCGCCGCGAGACCGUGCUCUUCACCGACUACGGGCUGGCCGCCCUGGCCGUCAACACCUCCAUCCUCAGCCGCCUGCCCCCCGAGGCCCUGGCCGCCUCCGCCCCGGGCCAGUGGGUGGGCGAGGCCGAGCGCGGCUGCUACCAGACCUUCCGGCAGUACUGCGGGGCCGCCUGCAGCUGUCACGCCCGCAACCCGCUCUCCUCCUGCGCCAUCAUGUAGCGGGAGCGGGCCGGGCCGGCGGCCGCCCGCCCCCGGCCGGGACCCUCGGGACCGUCGGCCUCCCCCGCCGGCCUCCCGGACCCCCUGGUCGCUCCCCUUCCCCAGACCGGGACCUCCCUCCUGCGCCCGGGCGGCCGCCCCCGUCCCCGACCGGGACCUCAGGGUGGUCGCCCCCGUCCCCGACCGGGACCCCCCCCGCCCAACCCCGCUCACCUUCCCCAGACCGGGACCCGUGGCCGGUCGCCCUCCCCAGACCGGGACCCGUGGCCGGUCGCCCUCCCCAGACCGGGACCCCUGGAUGGUCGCCCUUUCCCCAGCCAGGAUGCCGGGAUGGUCGCCCUCCCCCACCACCCCAACCCCCCCCGCCU